UAUAUAUAUUUAUAAUAAAAAAUAUUUUUAAAUCCGCAUACUCACGAAAGAAGACGACUUAUAUUUCGGUUUUUUCGUCUCACAAAUUUGACCUCUCCUGAUGACCUUCAAUGUUCAAGACUCCCUGAGAUUCACAACUUCAUUAUCGUCAGUACAGCGUGAAUCGUUCAGUAAAAAUAAAUUAAAUAAUUUUUUUUUAAUUCAUCAUAAAACAAUAUUUUUAAAAUAACUAAAAACCAACAACAGCAUAAACAACAACAACAAAAUGUUUAAAGAACGUUCAUCGAGAAGAUUUUAUAGAAUGGACAGUUGUCAUGACCUUUCAGUUUAUAUGGAUCGAGGACAAACAGCUGAACAGGAAAAUCGUUGGAAUUUUGAAUGUGCCUGGGAAGUUGCCAAUAAAGUUGGUGGUAUUUAUACGGUUAUUAGAUCAAAAGCAUAUGUAUCAGUUGAAGAAAUGGGUGAACAAUAUUGCAUGAUUGGUCCCUAUAAAGAAGAAUGUGCUCGUACAGAAGUUGAAGAAGCUGAAUUUCCAAUAGAUAAUCCACUACGUAUUGCUGUCCAAGUAAUGCGUGAUCAUGGUUUUAAAGUUGUAACUGGUACAUGGCUUGUUGAUGGAAAUCCACAAAUAAUAUUAUUCGACAUUGGUAGUGCAGCAUGGAAACUUGAUGAAUAUAAACAAGAAUUAUGGAACACAUGUAAUCUUGGUAUACCACAUCUUGAUGUUGAAGCUAAUGAUGCUGUUAUACUUGGCUAUCUUGUUUGUAAUUUUAUAUCUGAAUUUAAAAAUGCUGCUGAAAAAUAUUCAAGUUCACCAGCAAGAGUAUUAUUACAUUGUCAUGAAUGGCAAGCUGGUGUUAGUAUAAUUGCAUUACGUACAAGACAUGUUGAUAUUGCAACUGUAUUUACAACACAUGCUACAUUACUUGGAAGAUAUUUAUGUGCUGGAAAAACUGAUUUUUAUAAUAAUUUAGAUAAGUUUAAUGUUGAUGAAGAAGCUGGAAAAAGACAAAUUUAUCAUAGAUAUUGUAUGGAACGUGCAGCAACACAUUUAUGUCAUGUAUUUACAACUGUCUCUGAUAUAACUGGUAUUGAAGCUGAACAUUUAUUGAAACGUAAAGCUGAUGUUAUCACACCAAAUGGUUUAAAUGUUAAAAAAUUUUCUGCAUUACAUGAAUUUCAAAAUUUACAUGCUGUUAGUAAAGAAAAAAUUCAUGAAUUUGUUAGAGGUCAUUUUUAUGGACAUUUUGAUUUUGAUUUGGAUAAAACUUUGUAUUUUUUUACUGCUGGUCGUUAUGAAUUUGGUAACAAGGGAGCUGAUAUAUUUAUUGAAGCACUUGCUAGGUUGAAUCAUUAUCUUAAACAAUCAAAACCUGAUACAACUGUUGUUGCAUUCAUGAUAUUUCCAGCUCGUACUAAUAAUUUUAAUGUUGAAUCACUUCGUGGACAUGCUGUAACAAAAUCAUUGAGAGAUACAAUUAAUACAAUUCAACAAAAUAUUGGAAAACGUAUGUACGAGCAUUGUUUAUCAGGUCGACUACCUGACACCCAAGAGAUGAUACAAAAAGAUGAAAUAAUUAAAAUAAAAAGAUGUUUAUAUGCAUUGCAACGUAAUGGUCUACCUCCAAUAACAACUCACAAUGUUAUUGAUGACUGGAACGAUCCAAUUCUUGCAGCAGUUCGUAGAUGUAAUUUAUUCAACACUGUCCACGAUCGAGUCAAAAUUGUUUUUCAUCCAGAGUUCCUGUCUUCAACAAAUCCAUUGUUUGGACUAGACUAUGAAGAAUUUGUAAGAGGAUGCCACUUGGGUGUAUUUCCAUCUUAUUAUGAACCAUGGGGUUAUACACCAGCUGAAUGUACUGUUAUGGGUAUACCAAGUAUAACAACAAAUUUAUCUGGUUUUGGUUGUUUUAUGCAAGAACACAUUGCUGAUCCAAUGAGUUAUGGUAUUUAUAUUGUUGAUAGACGUUUUAUUGAUGUUGAAGGAAGUGUACAACAAUUAGCACAAUAUAUGUAUGAUUUUGCAAGAUUAAGUAGAAGACAAAGAAUUAUUCAACGUAAUAGAACUGAACGUUUAAGUGAUUUACUUGAUUGGAGAAAUCUUGGUAUUUAUUAUCGUCAAGCUAGAAUAAAAGCAUUGACUAAAGUUUAUCCAGAAUUUGCAUCUGAACUUGAUGAUGCUGGUGUUGGUAAAUUUAAUUAUCCAAGACCAUUGAGUGAACCACCAUCACCAUCAUCAUCACGUAUCACAACACCAGCUGCAUCUGUUCCUGGCUCUGAUGAUGAAGACGAAGAUGAAGUUGAUGAAGAAAAAGAACUUGAGGAACUCAGAAGCUAAGAUAAGCUAACAAAAAAUUUUCGUUAUUUUGAUUUUUUUUUUUUGUUAGAAUCUAAUUAUUCUGACAUAUUUAGAAAAUUAUUUUAUCAUUUUUUUUUCACUCAAAUUCUAGACAUAUUUAUUGCACACUUAAAAUGCGAUUUUAAAUAUUUUAUUAUUAUUUUUUUUAAAUGUGAGAAUCUUUUUAUUUUAAUAUUAAAUUUUAAAGGAUUUUAUGAAAUUUAUAAAAAUGUUGCUAUUGAAAUUAUAUAUUAUUUUUAUGGGACUUAUAUUUAUACCUAUAAUUUUACUAUAAAAAAAAACAAAUAGAAAAAAUACUUUAUGUUUUUUUUUUUUCGUAAUUUUAAUUAGUUUAUUAAUCAAGGUUUUAUUUAAAAUUUAAUUAAUUUUUUUUGUUUCUGUAAAUGAUUAUUACAUCAGCAAUUGAAUCAAAAUUUUUUUAAUUAUUAUUUUAAGUUUUUGUUACACAUACAAUAUUUGUUUUUCACGUAAACAAUAACUUUCUUAAUUAAAAAAAAAAAAAAACAAUUUUUGCUAGUUAAAUUAAAAAUGUACAUUUUUUUUCGUUUUUUUUUUUUUUCUAACAAACGCAAUAUAUACAAUAUACAGUAGAAAUAAAAAAAAAUUAUUAUUAUUAAAUAAUUGAUAAUAAUUUGUUUAUCUUUAUUCGGUCAAAACAUAUAACUCUGUUAAAUUAUAAUUAGCAAAAAAAAAAAAAAAAAAAAUUAUGAAACUCCAAUACCGAGGACGGUUUUGUAAAUUCAUGGACUUUGAGAUUCUGUAUUUUUUUUUUUGUUUAAAAAUUAUUUAUCUCUUUAAUAUUUAAACGAGUUAACUAUGUUUUUAAUCUACGAUAAUAUUCCAAAUUAUUAUAAUAAAAUAUCAAUUUUAAUAUGUAAUAAAUCACUGACAAUUUUAUGACAUUUUAUUUCUUUCAAAUCUUCGUAAAUCACAAUAUAAAUGUGUAUUAUUAAAUAAAAAAAAAAUAAUAAUAUAAAGCAAUAAAAAUUCUGAUAGUAUUUUACGUUUUCCUGCAUUAAAUUAUUUUGUCAGACUCAAUAAAUUUAUCUCAAUUUGAGAAUAAAUUUAUUUGUAAACAAAAAUAAAAAAAAAAUAAUAAUUUUUAAGCUAUAAAGAGAUAGUAAUGGCACGUGUAACAUUAAUAUAAAUUAAUGAAGUUAAAUAAUAUAACUGUACAAAGUUAUUCACUAAUAAAAACGUAAAUAAUACACAUUUUUUAAAUUUUUUAUUUAACCUCAUGUUAAAAUACUACGAAUUCAUUGUUUUUGAAUUUUUAAAUUAUGUUUGUUGCUUGAUAAUUGAGCACAACGUUAAUAUUAAUUCUAAACAACUUAUGAUAAUUUUAUCUAAACAAAAAAUGUUCUAAUUAAUAUUAUUAUUUAAAUUCCAUCAUAUUUUUUUCAAUUUAUUUCAUCAUCAAUUCACAUGCUCUAAUUUAAAAAUCUCAUUUUUAUUAAUAUUAUUAUUUAUUACUUUGUUUUUUAUUUUUUUAUUAAUUAAUUAUUAUUUAGAAAUUUGAAAAAAUAUCUCAAUUUGCAUCAAUUAUUAAUUAUCAAGUGAUAAAAAUAUAACCAUCGAAAAUACAGUUGUUUUAAUCUAUUGCAAGGAAUUCUUUAUCAUGAUAAAAUUACAUGCGGUUUCAUAUUUUUGGUCAUAAAAAAAUUCAACCAGUUGUUUAUUUAUUUUUAAAUUUUUCUUUUAUCCAUCUAUAUUGGCUGAUAGGUACUUAACAUAAACACUUUUAAAUAUCAUCAAAAUUAUUUUCUUCUCAUCAAAUUUUUGUGUCAUCAAUUCCUCAUUUUAAAUCUACCAAUUUGUCAGUUGUUUUAUUUUUUCUUUCGACAAUUCAUUGAUUAUUAUUUGGAAUAUUUAAUUGUAAUAUUUUUUUUUCUAAAUAAGAGUUUAUAUACUGACAAAUACCGAAGGUACAAACAGCCUUUG